AUGGCUUCAUCUUGUGUGUUAUUGCUGGGAAUAAUUAUGGUUUUAGUUGUGGCAGAAGCAAAAACCCCGCCAGGAAUAGCCAAAAACCCAAGCCAUGCAACAUGCAAGAUAAAGAAGUACAAGCACUGCUACAAUUUGGUGCAUGUUUGCCCUAAGUUCUGUCCCAAUGGUUGCACUGUUGAGUGCGCCUCUUGUAAACCUAUCUGUACAUGCGACAAACCCGGAGCAGUUUGCCAAGACCCUCGUUUCGUGGGAGGCGAUGGGAUAACAUUUUACUUUCAUGGCAAGAAGGACGGUAACUUCUGUCUCGUGUCAGAUCCUAACAUUCACAUAAAUGCCCAUUUCAUUGGCAGAAGAAACCCUAAUAUGAACAGAGACUUCACUUGGGUCCAAUCCAUCGCCAUUCUUUUCAACAACCACCAAAUCUUCAUCGGUGCUCAAAAAACAGCAACGUGGAAUGACUACAUAGACCGCCUGGCCCUCAACUUCGACGGCGAACCCCUCGCCCUCCAACAAUCAGAAGGCGCCAUCUGGAAAUCCAACACUUCCCCACGUGUGGUCAUCACAAGGGCCGCCGAAACAAACUAUGUUACAGUGGAAAUCGAAGGGAGAGCCAGAAUAACGGCCAAGGUUGUCCCUAUAACUGAGGAAGAUUCAAGAAUCCACAACUAUGGGAUAACGAAGGAGGAUUGUUUCGCUCACCUGGAUCUGGGGUUCAAACUCAUGUCUUUGAGUGACCAAGUGAGUGGCGUGUUGGGCCAAACUUACAGACCAGACUAUGUGAGCAGGGUGAACAUAAAGGCGAAAAUGCCGAUAAUGGGAGGAGACAAGGAGUUUAAAACGACAAGCCUGUUUGUCCCAGAUUGUUCUGUUUCUCGCUUUGCUGGUACCGAUGAUGGAUUAUUCAUCAGAAGUGAGGCUAACAUGGAGGGCUCGGAGCUACCUGGCUUAAGCUGUGCAAGCGGGAUCGACGGCCAAGGAGUUGUUUGCAAGAGAUAG